AUGACGCGCAUCAUCGAGGCAUCGAUCACCCUGGUGGCUGGACAUCCCGAGAGGGUCAAUCUUGUGACCACCUUGUUGAAGAACCACCAGGGCCACGACUACUAUGCCUACGAGCGUGGAGAUUGCUGGUACGUCGGCCUUGGUGCAUCCAAGUCGCUGGUGAUCGACUCCCGCGGACAGAGUGCCACGAUCAUCGUUGAUCAUGAAGAGAGAGCCCAUCCCGUGAAGACGUCGCUGUCUGAUGUUGCCCGAGACUUCCUGGAUCAGCACUGGAACCAAGUUGGCAGGGUGUUUGGCCAAGUCGGGUUCAACUACGCCGCCCAUACCCGUGGAUACAGCUACAGCCCGGGGAGCUGGCCGCUGCUGGCCUUGAUGAUUCCGCGGAACGAGGUGAUUCUUCGGGGAGACCAGGUCCAGGUGAUCGGAUACGACAGCAACGAAGUCCUGGACUUGACCGCGUCCAUCAAGGAAGCAUCCCAUGUCCGGGUGCCGAGACACAUUCCAGCCAUCGGCACGGCAGACUUGUCCGGCGAAUAUACCUCUCGGGUCCAGAGGGCUCAAGCGGAAAUCACCAACGGUCAAUACCUCAAGGUGAUCCCGUCGCGGGCUGUCGACAUCCCCGAACGAGUAGAUAUGCCCGGGACAUUGCUCCAGGGUCGACAGUCGAACAGCCCCUCUCGGACCUUCUGCCUCAACCACGCAGGAUACCAAGCCACGGGGUUCAGCCCCGAGCUGGUGAUGUCGCUGGACAAAGGGGUGGUGAAGACCGAGCCUCUCGCGGGAACCCGUUCGUGCAAGGGCACCAAGGCUGAGGUCGCAAAGCUCCGGCAGGAACUGGAAACCGACAGCAAGGAGAUCGUGGAACAUGUCAUCUCCGUCAAGGAAGCCAUCCGCGAGAUCGGACAACUGUGUGACCGGGCCACGGUGGACGACUUCAUGUCCGUCCGCGAGCGUGGGAGUGUGCAGCAUCUGGGCUCGUGCGUGGCCGGCCAUCUGGCCCCGGAAAAGGACAUGUGGGAUGCCCUCAACGUGCUGUUCCCUUCCAUCACUGCCUCGGGCAUCCCCAAGCAGGCCGCCAUCGAGGCCAUCGAGCGUCUCGAAUCGCGACCCCGAGAGCUCUACUCGGGCGCGGUGUUGAUGCUGGAAGGCUCGGAUUCGAUGGAAGCAGCCCUGGUUCUUCGCACGGUAUUCCAGGGCCCCGAUCAGCAGUGGAUCCAGGCGGGCGCUGGAGUCAUUGCGGAAUCCAAGGCUGCGAGAGAGCUGGAGGAAACGUGUGAGAAGCUGGCAAGCAUCGCCCCGUAUAUCGUAUCAGAAUCGGCGGUCGAGGAGAAGGAUCGGAGGGAGGGUGUCUGA